CCCAAGAGCUGGCCGACGUUGGCCGUUGUCGGCCGGUCUCAUCUCAACUCAGCAAAGCUCAAGCAAAGCUUCUUCUCUUGCGGCUCUGCGCUUCCAUCCUGCAGGGCAUUCGUCAUUGUUCUUGACGACGGCGGCAGCGGCAGUCACAGGUACACAAGUACCUCUCAUCUAUCGUCACAGCUCGGCUACCACAGCACCUCAUCAGCUCCGCCCACCAUCACCUUCGUUGUGCCAGACACAAGUCAGCAGCGUCGAACGAACGAGCUGAAGCCAGCCUUCCUCUGACCCUGGAGGAAGAGCUGAGCAAGCCUGGUAUAGUCGAUGCGUCCGACCCGCGUUCUCGGUAGCAACGAAUAUGGCUGCCGAAGCAGAAGAUCCACAGCAUCUGGAAGCAGCGCAGAACAGUAAACAGAAUAAGGAAAAGAGAGAAGCAUACCAAGAAAGCAGAAACAAUAUAGCGAUCCAAGCCAGUUCGGCACCAGUAGUCGACACCAUGACGAAUAGCAUCGCAGAAAAAGAUGUCAAAGAUUGGAAUACGAAGAAUUUGAGACAGAGGUUGGUUGUUGAUGCAGGAUGUGCAGCGGCGGCAGGAGCGCUCGUCGCGCCGAUUGUGAGUAUGGUCGAUAAAGCAAUAAUGGAAAACGCCUCCGGCAAACGCCCCCUAAUGCAAUCCAUCAAAGCCUCCCUAUCCCAACUCCUCCUCCGACCCCACGCAUACAUCGCCUCCAAACCCUUCGCCCUAAUCCUCAUGGUCUACGGCGGAACCUACCUUUCGGCAAACUUCCUCGACACCUUCAAAUCCACCACCCGCGCCCGCCCCGCGAGCCGUACCUCCGCAGGCUUCGACAAAUUCAUCGCGACCAGCGCAGCAAAUGUCGGAUUGACAAUGAUCAAAGACAGCCAAUUCACGAAAAUGUACGGCACAGUAUCAGCUCGUCCCGUCCCACCCGUGACGUUCGCCCUCUACGCUCUUCGCGAUUCGAUGACGAUUUUCGCUUCGUUUAAUUUGCCGCCUAUGAUUGCGCCUAAUCUGCCACUGUCCGAGACGGCGGAGAAGUAUAUUAGCAGGACGUCUGCGGCGCAGUUUCUGGCGCCAGCGGGGAUUCAAUUGCUCAGUACGCCGCUGCAUUUGCUCGGGCUGGAUAUGUAUAACAGGAAUGGGGAUACCACAAUGGCGGACCGCAUGCGCAAGGUCCGGACGGAUUGGUUGAAGAGCAGUUUCGCUAGGAUGUGUCGUAUUGUGCCUGCCUUUGGAUUCGGAGGUGUGGUGAACAAUACUCUGCGGCUGAAGUUCCAGAAGCAGCUGGAGUAAGCUGUCAGAAGAGGAAUUUUGUGUAAUAAUAUUGUAAAGAUAGAGGUCGGCUGGGGACAAUGAUUGCAUAAUAUGGCGUUAAUGCGAGUGAGCGUUCUGGGGGUUACAUCUUUGCUCUUGCACAUAACAUAUCGGUCACCCGGGAAGGCUGCCGAAGAUUGCCUGUUUGUUUGUAUUGCACAGAUGACAUGGCUGUGCGGCACAGCUUCACUGUGCUCCUUAAAACGGAGGCAUGCAUUCAGAAGCGCCUCGGUAGUUCGCACAUCAGAAUUCCACGUAUGCGCGCUCGGUCAUCGUCCGCUUCUCACAUCGACAACUGAAUAGAGAGGCGUCAGCCGUGUUGUGGCUUUGAUAUGCCUGUGCUGAGGUGCCGAGUUA